UAUCGUGAUUAUCUACCUAGAUAGGGGGCUCGCUCUUGCAUUCUUCAACUCGAACUCCAACAAGGAACAGGUUUCCUAUUUUGCUAUUUUAAAAACAAUAAUUCGAUUCCUUUUUACCUCUUGUUAUUCCUCUCUCCUACAGACCUACACCUCUACACUAGACUGCAAAUUACCCACUGCGACGCACGAUACGAUGGCGGACUCCAAGGGAACAUCCUACUCGACUGACCCCGCGCUGUACAUCUACACUUCCCUUACGGCCGGAUCCUCACACAUCGUGACCGCUACAUCUCGACUAGAGACUAUCUUACGAGCUAAUAAGGUACCAUUCAAAGCUCUAGAUAUAGCUACGGAUGAGAAGGCACGUAUGUUAUGGGGCCGAAGAGCGGGCAAGGAUGAGUCUGGUCGGGUACGCAAGCUGCCGGGGUUGGUGCAGAUGGGCAUGGUUCUUGGUGAUUUAGUAGAAAUCGAAGAGUGGAACGAGUACGGCGAAUUGAAACAACACGUGAAAAUCUACUACGACGACUUCACCAUCCCGAACAAGAGCCAAGCGCCUCCACCCCCCGCACCAAAACCCGUCGCGAAGCCUGCUGUUACAUUGGCUUCUACAUCUGCUGCUGGCACUUCUGCGCCACCGCCGCCUGUUGCUCCUCCAUUACCUACGACCGACAAGUCGAAAGCAGCAACCACUACAACGACGAAGAAACCUACCACAGCUUCUACGGCUGCGAGCGACGAUAAGCCCGUGCGCAGCAUCGCCGAGGAAGCGGCUGCGAGGGCGAAACAAGUCCACCUAGAAAGCCUGCGAGCUAAGGUCUACGGGAAGAAGGGCAAGGACGAGAAAGAUGAGAAAGACAGCAAGGAAAGCAAAGAUGAUAAGGAUAAGGAUAAGGAUGUCAAGGAUGUCAAGGAUAGUAAAGACACCAAGGAAGGUAAAGAGAAGGACACCAAAGACGUAAAGGACGUUAAGGAUGUUAAGGAUGUUAAGGACGCCAAAGAUACCAAGGAGACCAAGGAAAGCAAGACUAGCAGGGAGAGCAAGCCAGAGUCUAGCAGUUCUAAGGACAAGAAGGCUACCACCACUAAACCUGCUUCUACUUCCACCAAGACUGCUUCCAAAGCUGCGUCUACUUCCACUCCAAGCAAGUCGAAGUCCACGUCGAAGCCUACCUCUACAUCAACAUCCACACCCAAAGCCAAAACCAAAGACGUCAAGUCAACGGUUUCCAGCAGCUCCAAGACCAAGAAAGUCGCCGCAACCAUAAAGUCCACCGCUUCCGCCGCGACCUCGUCGUCUAAAUCGAAGGUGAAGUCUACUACCAAGCCUUCAUCUACAUCCAAGUCCUCAUCCACGACUAAAUCUACCUCGACCUCAAAGACCAAAUCCAAGGAGACGCCCUCCGCCGACGCAGCUGCGAAGAAGCUAGGCGACCUAUCGCUAUCGGAAUCCGCGAAAACACCUACCAAGAAAGCUACCACGGCUAAAGCGGCCGGCGAAGCCGGUCUCCAAUCCCCAACCUCGGGGACAUGGCGCGGCAACGUGUCCUCCGAAGAGGCUCUACGCCCCGUACUCCAAAGCCCGACAAGCAGCGCGUGGAAGGCAGGCGAUGGAAGUAAGAGCAUAGAUGAAGUGGCAUCGGAGGAGUUCCGUGGCGCGCCCGUCGAGGACGCAACCCCCGAAGAGAUCGCUGCGAUCGAGAAGGCUGAAGUGAUUCCCGAAGCGACUAGUUCCGAGGAGGAGGAUAGUGAGGAUGAGGAAGAUUCUGAGGAAGAAGAUGAAGACGAAGACGACGACGAUGAGGAAGAAGAGGACGAUGAUGACGAUGACGAGGAAGAGUCCGAAGAGAAGCAGGCUAAGGAUAAGAAGAAACGAGCGGUCUAGUUGCUAUUUAGUAGGACCUGAGUACAUUGGUCUAGACUUGCAUUAAUUGAGGGGUGCAUGGAUGCGUUUGCGUAUAAGGGGGGUGCGAGAUACCAAGUUUGAGAAGAGCAAAGUGUGGAAGAGAGGACAGGUUUAAGGGGAACCAUUGGUUUAGGUAUUCACAACUCAUUAGAAACUAAUA